AUGUGUAAUGAUGAUUUGUUUCGUUUCGUUGCAAUUGGAAAUAUUGUGAUAAGUACAUUAACAGUUGCUUGCAUGAUUGUUUUUAUUCCAAUAUUUACGGCUAAAAUUGAAAAUGAAACAAUGGAAACACAAAUACUGAUCGAGAAAUUUCAAGAAAGGACGAAUGAAAUAUGGAUCAACUUGAGGAAUAUUAUUCCAUCAAGAUUUCAUAAGAAAUUGUCAUAUCAUCGGACAAUACGAUCAUUUGGAGAAGCUGGAGCAUGCCGAGGAUGUUAUUCGUUGGCGUGUCCGUAUGGACCACCUGGAUCACCGGGUCCCUCAGGAUUGGAUGGUUUUCCUGGUGAUGCGGGAAAGCAGGGAAAACCAGGCAUGGAUGGUUAUGACAUACAACUGGAACCAGAAUCUGAUCUUCCAUGUGUUCUUUGUCCUACUGGGCCACCGGGACAACGCGGUCUCCAAGGUGAACGAGGACGGAGAGGCGAACCAGGACCGAAAGGUGCAGUUGGAGAACAUGGAAAGCCUGGAAUGGAAGGUUAUGCUGGUAGGAUGGGAAAUGAAG